UCGUACUUUAAUAAAGAAGGUUCCUCCUUUAGUGAAUUUGAAAAUACCCAAAUACUCGAAGUUUUGAAAACCAAUACACAUUUAUACAUAACCUCUUAUUGCAGGCAAAUGUUCUUACUUGUUUCGAGAGUUUUCUCCAAAGCAUCCCUUUGUCUGCACUCAAAGAACAAUAAGCUGCAGACUCAUACAAAAUCCUAACCCUUUCAUUCCAUCUCCUCAUCUUUUAUUUCAAAAACCAACCAAAAGAAUGUCGACUCAAAAACAGCAGCCUCAAACACAACAACCCGUUGUCGUUUACCCAAAUACUGUGUCAGGGCAAGCGCUGCCAUCUCAUUCUCACUCGGAUGGAUCCUUUGGAACAGUUUUUAUAGUGCUGGCAGUAAUCAUUGUUAUUUCAGCUAUAGCUUGCUUUCUUGGAAGACUUUGUAACCGGCGCAAGAGCCAAACAAAACCCUCUAAGCAAAACCAAAACCAUGAUUUCCGUCCUAAAGAAAGGGACAUCGAGUUCGGGUUUGACGGAAGGGUUCCUGCUGCCAAAUCAACUAGCCAUGGUGAACCCAAUAAAGGGUUCAAAAUGCCUGGAAAUGGAGAUCACAUAGGGUUCAGAAUGCCUGAACAUAGGGAUCCUGCAAGAAUUAGAAUGCCUGGAAAUGGAGAUCUUACAGGAUUUAGAAUGCCAGGAAAUGGGGAUCCCACAGGGUUCAGAAUGCCCAGACAUGGAGGUGAACCUAAGCCUGUUGAUGAUGGAGCGAUAAAGGCCGGUGCAUGAUAUGGUACAGAAUGAAGACCGUUCCUGAGUUGUGGCACUUUAUUUAUCUUCUUUUUGCAAAUGUUUGCCUUUAACUUAAUGGAGUUUCUUAUUUUUAUGAUGUUGCACAUGUAUUUAU